UUUUUAUGUUGACUUAAUAUUAGCUCUUUUAUAAACAUUUCAAACUUUUCACGUCUUUAACCCUGCACUUCCACCUGUAUCUCUUCAUCCCUCGUUUUGAAAUUUGAUUCAGCUCUACCCCCAAAUCCGUCGCACAGCCGGUGUUGAAUACAUCCCUCCCUCCGUUGUCGGAAAUCUGUACAUACCUCACUCCAUAGUUAAGAAUCUAUGGCGACUACGAUCCAUCACAUAAACUCUGAACUUUUUUUUUUGUUUUUUGCUUAUUCGGGAAGCAUUUCUGGCAUCAAAUAUCUCUCGCUAUAGAACCGGGACAAACAAGCUGACGGAGAAGAAUUGGCCAAAAUCGGCGAAGAAUUUAAUCGAUCGAGCACCUCAGCUUCAACAGCGGUGAGGAAGCGGCAGCGUCGCCAAUCGAGGCGGAGUGAGAAAUCGAUGAGGAAGAAGAGAUCGCUAAGGUGCAAAAGGAGUUUGAAGAUGGUAUCUAGCUCCAACGACCGCCGGAGGGAGUGGCGCGGUGGCAGCGGAGGAAUGCGAGAUGAAACCGAAGAGGAAAAAAGGAGUAUGGGGGUGUUUUGGUCAACACAGUACAUUAAGGCAUAUUUUUUAUAAACUUGUGAACCAAAUCAUGCUGACUGAACAUACAAAUUGAAUUAUGUAUUUAUGGGGCCUACCACCUAUAUAUCUGAUCCAUAAUGAUUUCUGGCAUCUGGCUAAAGCAAAAGGCGAACACCUCUUAGUAUUUUUAUUUUUUAAAAUAUCCUAAACUAUUUUCUUUAAAAAAAUGAAAACAUUUAAUAUGCGUGGGCUCAUAUAUCAUCUUACAUAUUUACUGGUUUCCUGCGAACAUUCAAUGAAAGAGGAAGAAAAAAGGAGGAUCUCUCUCAUCCGCCGGCUGAGUUUUCUGCUCAAUCUGUUGAUUUUCAUCGGGAUUUAUGGAUUUCAGCUCUCGCUCCUCUUCCGCCGCCGCUUCCUUCUAUACAUCUGUUGUUGCUCUUCCAUCAUCCUCCACCUCCAAUUAUAUAGCUUCAAUUCACCCCCUUUCGCUCAGGAUACGCCAAUAUCCCCUCUCCGAUCCCUAAUAGGUAAUUAAGAAUCCUUAUUGUUUGUUGUGAUAGAAAAUAUUUUUUGUUUACUGCAGCAUUCCACAAAACUCUUCUAUUUGUGGAAAAUUGCAGUUGUUCCCUUUCCGUUUUUCCUAAAUUGUUCCAAAUUGGAUAGCGGAUUUCUACUGAAAGGGAAAUAAGAUGAGCAGUGGUGGUGCUGGCAACAGAGCUAAGGCUCAAAGCAUCUCCGGUUGGACUGAUUUUGACCUUAAUCAGAGAAGGAAGCAGCAAGGUGCUGCCGACAAUCAUGAUUCCAAUCCUUAUCCUUCCUUGUCAGCCCUAACCGCACCGAGAAAAAACGAAUCCCUUUUAGAUAAGCCCUUUUCAUCCGUGCUUGCCCCUUCAAUUGCUUUUCCUUCCUUGAAAGAUGUCAAGAGUAGCAACUUUCCAGCCACCGCUGCCACAGCUAAGUUAGCUUAUGGAAAGCUUAAAGAUCACCACCCUUGGGCAGAUGAAAGCUUGAUUCAGGAUGUUUUGGCUGGUGUAAACGACAAUGUCGAUGAGGCUUUGUCUUUACUAGAAGCAAUGGUCGUCACUGAUCAUCAUCAAGUUGACAAGAAGGAAGUUGAAGCAAGCUACAAUAGUUUUGACUCUUCAGCUGGAAAUCACAGACAAUCCGUGGAUGAGGGAUCUUCAUUACAGUUACUGGAUAUCAUCAAGUCUUUACCUGUUGAACCCGAGCCUGAGUGGGGAGAGGAUGAUAUCUAUCUAAUUCACCGGAAAGAUGCGAUAAGGAUGAUGAGAUCAGCAUCUCGUCAUUCAAAGUCUGCUAAUGAUGCAUACAUAAGGGGUGACCAUGCAGCCGCUCACCAUUUCUCAGUUAAAGCUCAACAGGAAUGGGCUGCUGCUGAGAUGUUCAAUGCUAAUGCAGCCAAAGAAAUUCUGGAUUUGAGGAAUUGUAAAAAUGAUCCAUGGUCAUUAGAUUUACAUGGUCUUCAUGCAGCAGAAGCAGUUAAAGCAUUGCAUGAACAUUUAAUGAGCGUUGAAUCCCUACUUUCACAGCAAGGAAUGCUAAAGGAAUCCAGUGUGUCAGUUGCUGCAUCUGCACAAUUAUCUGGUCAGCUUGAGAUGGAGAAGUUCGGGAGACGGCACCCAACUUCUAGGCAGAGGAUUACAUUGUUACAAGUUAUAACAGGAAAGGGUAAUCAUAGCCGGGGAUCAGCUGCACUCCCAUCAGCUAUCAGAAACUUUCUCAGUGAGAAAGGGUAUAAUUUCGAUGAGACUAGGCCUGGGGUUAUCAUGGUACGACCCAAGUUUCGGUUGCGAUGAACUAUUGGUGUCCCAUUUGAAAAAGAAUAAGCUGUGCUACAAUGAGCUGGUGGUGUGUGAAUAUAUAUUGAUUAUUAUGCAAUCUUAUUGCUCCUGUGUUGGGGUUGACUGAACUACCUACCAUAGGGAAAUUCAUUGCUGGAAGCUGCUGUUGUCAGUGGAGGCACAUGUAACAAACAUACAGUAUUUAUGGUGUGAAUUAGAGUUAGCUGAGAUAGCAGUGUGCAUUAUAGUUGGUCAUGUUUAGCUAUCUACUCUUACAGAUAUAUCAUGAGUUUAGUGGUUUAAACAUGGAGUUACUGUACAUGUACUACAAGGUUAGCAUUUCAGAACAGGAUUUAGUUUUAUGACUCAA